AUGAGAAGCUUCAUCAAACUGCAGACCUUGUGUUCAAGCUCAACCUGCAAGAUACUUCAUUUCCGCUUCUCAAAGUAUUACAAGGCAGAUCAUUUUGCAACACUCAAUAAACCAUCUAAGCCUAAGAAAGCCCACUCGAAACAAGAAGCAGAAAGCAGCGGCUUUGGCUCGCUCUUCAGUGAAAUAAGUGAGAUUUUGGGCGCUGAGAAUGUUACUGCGGAGAAAACUCCGUCUGGGAUUUUGAUAUCUGAAGAAGCCCAGAUGAAGGUUGGUGAGAUUGGGGAAGAGUGCGCGCCUUGCACGCUAGCUGUUCGUAGAAAUGCGGAGGAUAGUGUACUGCAACAAAAGGAAGAUAUAACGGUUUUGGAAGAUGUCCACUUGGAAAAUGUGGCUGAAAUUGAUGUUAGCCCGGUUGUUCAUGAGGUUACAAAGAUUGUCAGGGCGGAAAAUGGUUUGGUUUCUAUGGAAGAGCUGUUAGAAAACUUGGGUUUUCAGUUAGAUUCAGAGAUUGUUGACAAAGUUUUGAAGAGGUGCUUUAAAGUGCCACAUUUGGCUUUGAGAUUCUUCAAUUGGGUGAAGCUCAAAGAAGGGUUUCGUCAUACCACAGAGACUUAUAAUACCAUGCUCUUUAUCGCAGGGGAAGCCAAAGAGUUUGCAAUGGUGGAGAAGUUGGUGGAUGAAAUGGGAAAGAAUUCGUGCCAGAAAGACGUUAAGACUUGGACUAUUCUUAUCUCACUGUAUGGGAAGGCUAAGUUAAUUGGCAAAGCCUUGUUGGUCUAUGAAGAGAUGAGGAAAUGCGGUUAUGAACCGGAUGCAGUGGUUUAUAGGUUGAUGAUACGCGCACUCUGUGCUGCUGGAAAAUCUGACGUUGCAAUGGAAUUUUACAAGGAGAUGGUAAAGAAGGACAUUGGGCUUGACACGAAUUUGUACAAGCUGUUAUUGAAUGGUAUAGCUAGAUCCGGAGAGACUGGUGCUGUUGCCUUGGUUUCAGAUGACAUGAUUAGAGUCUCGCAGAUUCCAGAACACAUUGUUUAUGGUUCUGUCCUCAAGUGUUUCUGUAUCUCUGGAAGAAUCAGAGAAGCUUUAGAAUUUAUUCGUGUGCUUAAGAACAAAGAGGUUAUUCUUGGCCCUGAGUAUUUUGAGACUUUGGUGAAAGGACUGUGUAGGGCUGAUAGAAUUGUAGACGCGUUGGAAAUUUUGGAUAUCAUGAAGAGAAGAAAUAUUCUUGAUGGGAAGGUUUAUGGGAUUAUCAUCAACGGGUACUUAAGAAUAAAUGAUGUUUCUAAAGCACUUGAUCUGUUUCAUAGCAUGAAAGAAUCUGGAUAUAUUCCUAUGACUUCUACCUACACAGAGCUGAUGCAACACCUUUUUAAGUUGAAUGAAUAUCAAAAAGGCUGUGAGCUCUAUGAAGAGAUGCUGGAAAGUGGAGUUGAACCAGAUAGUGUGGCAAUCACAGCUGUGGUUGCAGGUCACAUCCGCCAAAACCAUAUAUCUGAAGCAUGGAAAGUAUUUAAUAAUAUGAAGGAGAAAGGCAUCGAGCCCACUGUCAAGUCAUAUUCUGUAUUCAUCAAGGAGCUAUGCAGAAUUUCAAGGACAGAUGAGAUUCUCAAGGUCUUGGAUGAUAUGCAAGCAUCUAGUAUAGUCAUUCGAGAUGACAUAUUUAACUUGGCUAUACAUCAUAUGGAGAAAAAGGGAGAGACGGAGAACCUUGAAAAAGUAAAACAGAUGCAGAGAAUCUAUAAACUUCAACCACAAGAAGAAGAGGUAUUUAGUAAGGAUCCGUGCAAGGGAGAGGAGCUCAAUACUGGGUUGGACUUUAACCAUUCAGAACCAGCGAGGAUGGAUCGCAAUCCUUUAUUGGAGCCACUUUCAAAAGCUUAUGAUGAGCAGGACUUGCAAAAAAUUUGUAGAAUUCUGUCCUCGUCAACAGAUUGGUGCUCUAUUCAGGAAGCUUUGGAGAAUUCUUCUGUUGAUUUCACUCCAGGGCUCGUUCUGGAAAUUUUGAGGAGUAGCAGUAUGCAUGGUUUGGUAGCAUUACAAUUUUUCUCAUGGGUGGGAAAGCAAACUGGUUAUAGCCACACUACCGAAACUUAUAACAUGGCUAUCAAAAUAGCAGGACAAGGGAAAGAUUUCAAACACAUGAGAAGCCUUUUCUAUGAAAUGAGAAGAAAAGGUUUCUCAAUAACAGCAGAUACAUGGACAAUAAUGAUAAUGCAAUAUGGUCGAACAGGUCUGACAGAGAUUGCUCUUCAGAUUUUUGAAGAGAUGAAGUCUAAUAAUUACAGCCCAACUGGCAGUACCUACAAGUAUUUGAUCAUAUCUCUUUGUGGGAGAAAAGGUAGAAAGGCAGAUGAAGCAAUUAGAAUAUUCCAGGAGAUGAUUCGUGCCAAUCAUGUACCUGACAAAGAAUUGGUUGAAUCUUAUCUUGGUUGUUUAUGUGAAGUUGGUGAGCUAUCAGAUGCUAGAAGAUGCAUAGAUUUGCUCUCUAAAGCUGGUUUUACAAUUCCUCUUUGUUAUUCCCUGUACAUUAGGGCUCUUUGUCGAGCUGGGAGAUUGCAAGAAGCUGCAGCAUUGAUGGAUGAUGUCAGGGAGGACCGGUCAAAACUGGAUCAGUACACUUAUGGGAGCCUUGUUCAUGGACUUCUGAGGAGUGGACAGUUAGAAGCAGCACUGGCCAAGGUGGAUUCUAUGAAGCAGGCAGGCAUAAAUCCAACCGUCCAUGUAUAUACCUCUUUAAUAGUUCAUUUCUUCAAAGAGAAGCAGAUAGGAAAAGCUUUAGAAAUUUUUAAGGAAAUGCAACAGGAGGGUUGUGAACCGACAAUUGUUACGUAUUCUGCGCUCAUUCGAGGGUACAUGAACAUGGAAAUGUUUGCUGAAGCUUGGGAAGUCUUCCACAAGAUGAAACAAAAAGGGCCAUUGCCUGAUUUCAGAACUUAUUCAAUGUUCAUUUCUUGUCUUUGUAAGGUGGGUAAAUCUGAAGAAGCCAUGCAGCUUAUACCUGAAAUGUUGAACACUGGGAUUGUUCCCAGUGUGGUCAAUUUUCGAACCGUAUUUUAUGGGCUUAACAGAGAAGGUAAGCAAGAUUUGGCUCGCAAUGUAAUGCAGCAAAAGUUGUCUUUAAUAAGAAAACGUAAGUUGUUAACAUAA